GCCGUGACAGGUGCAAGAUGCGGGACCCUUUGGGUGGCCGUGGUUGGCAGUGAUGUGAGAACUUGGCGGAAAAAACACAGGAUGGGUUCAGGGCCCACUGUGAGAUGGACUUGAGCUACAACUUCAUUGAUCACCUGACUUCCAUAAGCCCCUACUCUGACUGGUGGACGACAAAGAUGUUUUGGUUCUCCUGAAAUUAGUGUCAGUUCAGAGCCAGUGUCCAGUAAUCCCUGAAAGCAACACUUUCUUUGGACUGUGAAUUUCUUCUAAAGUGGAACCAAGAAGGCGACUAAUAAGUACGUCGAAUUCUUUAAAAAAAAAAGCCAUGGCCCAUGGGUUGGUGUUGUUCAAAGAUGUGGCUAUAGAUGUCUCACAGGAGGAAUGGGAAUGCCUGAACCCUGCGCAGAGGAAUUUGUACAAAGAUGUGAUGUUGGAGAACUAUAGCAACUUGGUUUCACUGGGACUUUCUAUUUCUAAGCCGGCUGUGAUCUCCUCUUUGGAGCAAGGGAAAGAGCCCUGGAUGGUUAUGAGGGAAGUGACAGGAGAACAUUGCCCAGAUUUGGUGUCCAAACGUGAGUCCAAGAAGUUAUCUCCAAAAAGAAACAUUUAUGAGACAGAACCAUCCCAGUGGGCUAUCAUGGAACCAUUUAAGAGCUAUAGUCCUGAGAAAUCCAUUUUCAGAGAUAUUUGGGCAUGCAAAAGUCAGUUUGAGAGACCACAGAGAAAACAGGAGGGCUGUUGCAGGCAACUUAUUAUCAACCAUGAAUACAUGCCCAUUUUUAGCCAACAUAUUUUUUUCACUCAGGAAUUUUAUAAUAGGCAGAAAAUCUUUGAAUGUAAAGACUGCAGAAAAAAUUUCAGUUACCAUUUAUUCUUUAGUCAUCACAAAACUCAUUCUACAGAAAAGCUUUCUGAAAAUAAGGAAUGUGCAGAAAUUGUUGAUACAUCAUACCUUACUAAACAACAGGGAAUUCAAAAUAAUAACAAGUGCAAUGAAUGUAAGGAAUGUUGGAAGGCCUUUAUUCAUUGCUCACAGCUUAAACAACAUUUGAGAAUUCAUAUUGGUGAAAAAUGCUAUGAAUGUAAAGAAUGUGUCAAGACCUUUAAUUAUGGCUCAGAAUUUAUUCUACAUCAGAGAAUUCACACUGGUGAGAAACCCAAUGAAUGUAAGGAAUGUGGGAAGGCCUUUUUGCAGGUAUCACAACUUACUCAACAUCAGAGAUUUCAUACUGGUGAAAAACCCUCUGAAUGUAAGCAAUGUGGGAAGACUUUUAUUUGUGGCUUUCAACUGACUGAACAUGUGCAACUCCAUACUGGUGAGAAACCCUUUCAAUGUAAAGAAUGUGGAAAGACUUUCAGGCAUCGAUCACUCCUUACCAUACAUCAGAGGCUUCACACUCAUGAGAAACCCUAUGAGUGUAAAGAAUGUGGGAAGGCCUUUAAUUAUGGCUCAGAACUUAUUCUACAUCAGAGAAUUCACACUGGUGAGAAACCUUAUGAAUGUAAGGAAUGUGGGAAGGCAUUUAGGCAGCGAUCACAGCUUACCCAACAUCAGAGACUUCACACGGGGGAAAAACCAUAUGAAUGUAAGCAGUGUGGGAAGGCUUUUAUUCGUGGCUUUCAACUUACUGAGCAUCUGCGACUCCAUACUGGUGAGAAACCCUAUGAAUGUAAAGAAUGUGGAAAGACUUUCAGGCAUCGAUCACACCUUACAAUACACCAGAGAAUUCAUACUGGUGAGAAACCCUAUGAAUGUAGAGAAUGUGGAAAGGCCUUUAGCUAUCACUCAAGCUUCUCUCACCAUCAGAAAAUUCAUUCUGGCAAAAAACCUUAUGAAUGUAGUGAAUGUGGGAAAGCCUUUUGUGAUGGCUUACAACUUACUCUACAUCGGAGGAUUCAUACUGGUGAGAAACCCUAUGAGUGUAAAGAAUGUGGGAAGACUUUUAGACAGUGCUCACACCUGAAAAGACAUCAGAGAAUUCACACUGGUGAGAAACCUCAUGAAUGUAUGAUAUGUGGUAAGGCCUUUAGACUUCAUUCACACCUUAUUCAACAUCAGAGAAUUCAUACUGGUGAGAAGCCCUUUGAAUGUAAGGAAUGUGGAAAGGCCUUUAGCUAUCAUUCAAGCUUCUCACACCAUCAAAGAAUUCAUUCUGGGAAGAAACCGUAUGAAUGUGGGAAGGCUGUUAAUCAUGGCUUACAAUUUAACCUACAUCAGACACUUCAUACUGUUGAGACAUUAAGUUUUCCUCUCCCCCCAUCCUAGUCUAGCAUCAUGAUAUUAUUUUUGGAGAUAGACAUUUUUUAAGGAAAAUUUUGGUAAAAUACUGAGUUUCAUUAGUAUUGAUGUAUUGUAGUAAUCUUUGAACUCUUUUUUUUUUUUUUUACCCAACUGGGAAAAUGGAAAAGUUAUUAAAAGGA